UUUGACAGCUCUAAUUGGUUGAGAAAGCAGCAGCAAAACGAAAAAGGCCAGAAAAAGUCGUAAAACUACGAAAACCUACAAGUGCGGGGCAUCCGAGGAAGCUGUUGCACAAACACAGACACACAUACACGCACGCCGUACUGCAAACAGCACGCCACGCCCACCCGCGCCCGCCCCCAACUCCGGUCGACCGGGACAGAAAGAAAAGAAAAGCGCCCAGCAGCAGCGGUGGUGCAAGCGAAGUAGGAAAAUUUCAGCCGAUUGAAACGAACGCCCGUGACCGCUAAAGGAAGCGCCGCCCACGCAGUCAGUUCCCGCACUCUCAUCACUCGCCAACGCCUUAGCCACCUGGUUAAUCCACAUCCUAGUAGCUACCGCAAAUUCAUCCAGCGCCACAAACUCCGCAACAUGGACGUGUUCCUUAUGAUCAGGCGGCAGAAGACGACCAUCUUCACGGACGCCAAGGAGAACACAACGGUAGCCGAGCUGAAGCGAAUGAUUGAGGGCAUACUAAAGGUGCAGCCCGUGGAUCAGCGGUUAUACAAUCAGGACAACGAUGUUAUGGAGGACGAGAGCACGUUGCAGGACUACGGAGUGACGGUGUCUACGGCCAAGGCGCAGGCUCCGGCGCAGCUGGGUUUGACAUUCAGAAACGAGAUGGGCGACUUUGAAACACUGGACAUGACACCCUACUCAGCACCACCAGACUUACCAGAAGUAAUGAAGAACCAAGAGGCCUCGAACGGACAGGAGCAGGUUGCAUAAACAAGCAGCAGAAGCAUUCAGUCAAAACCCCUACGAAAACAGCAGCAAACACAUCAUCAAAAGCAACAGCAACCGAAGCAGCAAAACGAGACAAACUCAAUCCGCUAAAUUCAGAGACUCUUAACUACUGUCGCUCGCUUGUCCCCCACAAACGAAAUGUACGAAAAUUAAAUUCCGGAUAGAAGAGGGAGAUCUAUCUGCGAUAUCCAACCUCUCUGCCUGGUCAGAAAAGCAACCACUGCAGUCGCAACCGCAAUAGCUAAAUAUGCAUUUUUCGUUGUUAAUAGCAAGGAACAAUUCACAAUGUUUCCAACACAAAAUUGUACUUUGGAAUGGGAUUUAUAAUAUUUGGCUUUAAUUUUAACCUAACCCCCCAUUUGUUUAUUUCUUUUUAAUGAAAUUUAUACGAAUUUGUUGAGAAAAUACACAAAGUCAUAAAAAGUAAA